CAAAUAACACGGCAUAAUGAUGGUGUUGUAGCUCAAUGAAAGAUCCUUUGUUUGGAAAACUUUGAUAUUAAUCCUAUAUUUAGUUAAGAUUCAUAAAAACAAUUGUUUUAUUUAACAAAAAAGAAAAACACAUCAUUUCUCCGAAACAAAGUCCAGGGAAUUUCGCAGGGUACAGUGACAUGACAUCCACUGGAAGAAACACAACCUUGAAAAACUACCACCACUCUCUUUCAGAGGAAGAAUAAGAAGGAAGAAGAAAGAAGAAUAUGGCCGAAACGAUGUCGUGUUUUAAAUUAACAGUGUUGACACUAUCCGCUGUUUUCAUUCAAAUGAUCGGUCUCUCUCUCUUCGUCUUCGGCUUCUUCCCCGUUAAACCCGCUCUUUCAGGCAUCAGCAGUCGAGAGAGCUUUUACGCACCGCAUUGCGAUUCUGUCGUCGAUAAUCAAACUGAGACAGACCUCAAAUCAUUAUACAAGGAGCUCUCUCAAAUCCCCCCUUCAUUUGACAGGCUAAUUUUUAUGGUUAUUGAUGGUCUUCCAGCUGAAUUUGUGCUUGGGAAGGAUGGCAAGCCUCCGCAGAAGGAUUUGAUUGAAGCAAUGCCUUAUACUCAGUCAUUGCUAAAUAGUGGAAUGGCUAUUGGUUACCAUGCCGAGGCUGCUCCUCCUACUGUUACUAUGCCUCGCUUGAAGGCUAUGGUUUCUGGUGCAAUUGGAGGUUUCUUGGAUGUGGCUUUCAAUUUUAAUACACAGGCUUUAUUGGAUGAUAAUCUUCUUGGGCAGUUUUUUAGAAUUGGUUGGAAAAUGAUCAUGUUUGGUGACGAGACAUGGCUUAAGUUGUUUCCUGGAUUAUUUGUUAGAUAUGAUGGAGUUAGCAGUUUUUUUGUUAAAGACACAGUACAAGUAGAUCAGAAUGUAUCCCGCCAUUUAGAGGAUGAACUUAGCAGAGAUGACUGGGAUCUUCUGAUUCUUCAUUAUCUAGGCUUAGAUCAUGUUGGACAUAUUGGUGGGCGCAGCAGUUUCUUGAUGGGCCCAAAACUUAUGGAGAUGGAUGGAGUGGUGAAGAUGAUUCAUUCAAGUACUAUUCAGACGAAUAAUGAUAAUCAAGGACGGACACUUUUGGUAGUAGUAAGCGAUCAUGGCAUGACUGAGAGUGGUAAUCAUGGGGGCUCUUCAUACGAAGAAACUGAUUCUUUAGCUCUUUUUGUUGGCCUGCAAAACAGUGUCUCUGAUUAUGCAUCGGCUACACAUAAUUCUGUUCACCAGGUGGACAUUGCUCCAACAUUAGCUCUUCUAUUUGGUGUUCCAAUUCCUAAGAACAAUGUCGGUGUCUUAAUUUCUGGAACUUUUGAUGCUUUGACAGAUGAUCAAAAGCUGAGGGCACUGGAAUUGAAUUCCUGGCAGUUACUCAGAUUAUUGGAAGCACAAUUACCUGGUUUAUCAUGUGAAAAAUUUCCGUGCAAUUGCUUUAGUGAUGGUCUGGGGUUUGGAACUGGGGAAUGCAGCGUCAGCAUGGAGAGGAUACUUUGUUGUUUAUAUACGAAAGCUGCAAAUUUGCACAACUCCUGGAAGUUCAAGAAAGAAUAUGGGUCCAAAAGCAGGGAUGAUUUUAGGAGCACUUAUGCAGCAUAUCAUGAGUUUCUGAAAACUGCAAGUGAGUGGUUAUCACGCAGUGUCACUGAUAAACCAGUUUCCUCACUUGCUGUUGGGGUUGUGGCAAUGACCCUAUCAUCUCUAUUAUUAUUAGGCAUCAUAAUUUGCAUGAGCAGGGAAGUUUACCCUGGGGAGAAGCAACAGCUUUCUAAAUCGAGCAACAGCAAGUAUAGAUGGUGCUUAGAUGAGGCCUUUAUAUUGGGUGCUGUUUUGAUCCUUGUUAUGAGUAUGGGUUCGAGUUCUCUGGUAGAGGAAGAGCAAUAUAUUUGGAGUUUUCUGAUAUCCACAUCAUAUCUGUUAUUACUCCGAAAGACAGUACAGUUUCUUCCUGGGAGCAGUGAAGGUGUUUUAUAUUUUAAGGGAUGCUAUGAAAGAACUAAUUUUCAACUGUUUUCCAUAUUCUUGCUUCUUAUCUCUGGGCGGAUUUUGAGGGGUUGGCAUCAGGGUGGUGUUAACUGGACACAUCUUCCAGACAUUUCAAAGUGGCUUGAACAGGUUGGGAGUGAUACUAUAAGAUUAAUUCAACUGGUCUCAGGCCUCUUAGUGGUCAGUUUAGGCUUAUUUGCUUUAUGUCUGUUUAGAUCGAAGAGAAAAAUUGUUCAAGUGGUUGGAUUUUGCUUUUUGAUAUCUGGAUUGCUGGUUUUAUGGCAUAUUAUGGAGUACCAAGAUAACUAUGUAUCAUCCAGUUACCGUGCUACCAUAUUGGCUCAGAUUAUCUAUACAUUUCUGGGUAUUGCCACAAUUGGCACUUUUGCAGCCUUACCAUGGAUUAUGCCAAUUUGGAAUUCUAGUACAUGUUCAAGGCACAAUAUGAACUCAUCUAAUUUAGUUUCCACUAACAUUCAAGACAAGUCCCCUUUUUUGGAGUUUAAAGACGCGUCAUAUUUAAUUGGGUUGGCAUACAUGUUAUGUUGGUGUCUUUUACAACUGUUGCUCCAACAACCAAUCAAUUCAAUGCCUGUCUUUUUGCUUCUAAUGCAAAUCUUGGCCAGCAUGUUGUAUUAUUCCUACAGUGGUCCACAAAACAAGGAAUGGCUUGAGGUUGCUUUACUAUGCUAUUUGGGAAUGGCAGGACAUUUUUCUCUAGGGAACAGCAAUACCUUGGCCACUAUAGAUGUUGCUGGAGCUUUUAUUGGCCUCUCAAGUCACUCCACAUUACUUUCUGGCAUUUUGAUGUUCAUAAUCACCUAUGCAUCCCCCAUGCUAGUUCUUCUUAGCAUGGUGAUGUACAUAUCUGUGAAGGACACAAGCUAUGCUGUAACUAUCCAGAGUGUAGAUUUGGGGCAAUUUUUAAAAGCGAUGCUCGUCUUUCCCUGCCUAAUUCCACUGGGUUUGAAUUCCAUUUUGUUGACUGCAUAUACCAUAGUGUUGCUCCUAAUGAGGAACCAUUUGUUUGUUUGGAGCGUCUUCUCUCCAAAGUACUUGUAUGUGUGCGCAACAACUAUUUGCAUCUACAUUGGGGUUUUUGUGGUGGCUGCAACUGAGGUCUAUAUAUAUAUGGUGCUUACACUACGGAGAAAAAUCUAGGUUUCUGGUAAUGCGAUUAGAUAGAACUUUUACAUGCCUAGAAACCCCCAGUUUUUCUCUUUAUUUGCUUGAGAUAUCAGAUGACCAUUUUUGCCCUGGAAUUCUUGUUCCUUCUUUUUAUCUUUUUUGGGAUAUUAAGCAAAACAUGUGUAAUGGACAUACAAGUGUCUUUGUUAUAGUUUGGCUAACACAUGCUUUUGGAUAAA